UCCCUCUCUCUGCCUGUCUCUUUACCGCUGCCCACAGAGUGAUGGGGGGCGAUACGAGCUGUCUCCAUAGGCAUGUCCGCGUCCGAUUCUAGCGCAGCGCUGCUCAGCUGCAAGAGUUCUGCUGAUUCCUACACGAGUAAACCAUCGGAUUCCGACCUGUCCCUGGAGGAGGACAAGGAGGCGUCUCGGCGUGAGGCCGAGCGCCAGGCCCUGCUCCAGCUCGAGAGAGCCAAGACCAAACCUGUGGCAUUUGCAGUGAGAACCAAUGUCAGCUACUGUGGGGCUCUGGAUGAAGACUGUCCGGUUCAGGGUGCUGCCAUCAACUUUGAGACCAAAGAUUUUCUACAUAUAAAAGAGAAGUAUAAUAAUGACUGGUGGAUUGGGAGGCUGGUGAAGGAAGGGGCAGAUAUUGCCUUCAUCCCCAGCCCUGUUAAACUGGAGGCCAUGCGGAUCAAGCAGGAACAGAAAGCAGCUCAGAGGAAAAUGGGCGGGAAUGCUUCAUCUGGUGGCUGGAGGUCUACUCCUCCUUCUGCAGCCAAACAGAAGCAGAAGCAGACAGAGCACGUUCCACCCUAUGAUGUAGUUCCAUCCAUGAGGCCUGUUGUUCUGGUUGGCCCCUCGCUGAAAGGCUAUGAGGUGACUGAUAUGAUGCAGAAAGCCUUGUUUGACUUCCUGAAAAACAGGUUUGACGGGAGGAUUUCUAUCACACGGGUGACUGCAGAUCUGUCUCUGGCCAAGAGGUCUGUACUGAACAAGAAAGCUAUCAUGGAGAGGUCAAACACGCGCUCCAGUCUGGCGGAGGUGCAGAGUGAGAUUGAGAGAAUAUUUGAACUGGCUAAAAGCUUGCAGUUGGUGGUCUUGGAUGCAGAUACUAUCAACCACCCCGCACAGCUUCUCAAGACCUCCCUCGCUCCCAUCAUUGUCUAUGUCAAAGUGUCCUCUCCAAAGGUUCUUCAAAGACUCAUUAAGUCCAGGGGGAAAUCUCAAAGCAAACAUCUCAACGUGCAAAUGAUGGCAGGAGAUAAACUAGCACAGGGCCCACCAGAAAUGUUUGAUGUUGUACUGGAUGAGAAUCAGUUAGAGGAUGCCUGUGAACACCUGGCCGAAUAUUUAGAUAUAUACUGGCGUGCCACUCACCUGCCAGGCUCCGCCCCACUGAACCCUAUAGUGGAGCAAAAUAUAGUUACACCACCCUCAGCCAACUCUAGCCAACAGUUCUCAGAGACGCAGGAGCUCAUUGAAUGAGCACUACCACAAAUAAGGAGUGACACAGAACAUUCCAGAAAGACCCUUAGAAUAUUCCUCAAAGGCCAGCCACUCACUGCCCCAGAAUGAGAUGGGGCUCGGAGCAGCUGCCCACUGAUGAGAAAGAGGAGGAACGGAGGGAUGGAGAAUGAGAUGAGGGUCAGUGGAGAAGUGGACCAAUCCCAGCCUCACUGAGAGUGAUGACACACACCCUCCCCUGCACUAACACAUGUGUCCUUUACGUCUCAGGAGCACUCAGCUGCAGGCCUUCAGCCAACACACACACACACACACACUGCUAUACACACAUUCAACUG